ACCUUUGGACUUACAAACAGAAAGGAGACUGCUCUUUGUCUGUCAGAGCAACAUGUGCGGCUCUGUGAUUACCAAAGAUGGCUGGUAAAAGACUUUUGGUUGGAAAUUCAGAACUCAGCGAACCCUCAUAGAUGUCAAGAUGAUUUCUCAAGGACCAAGAAAUGUGGUGUAAUGCAAUGGCGCUUGGCCACGGGUCAAAGAAGUCAAUUUCCUGUGACCAGGGGAUCACAGAUGUUUCUCUAAGCAAUGGGGUGGGAGCUGCUACACAAACUGUGGGUCCGCCCACUAGGAAGUCUCGGUCCUGCAAGUGCAAGUGUGUCCUUGCCUUCCUCAUCAUCCUCAUUGUCAUCCUUAUAGUUGCAGCAGCAAUUUUGGCUUGGUAUUUCCUGGAGUACAAGGUUUGGGUGUUAGAGGCUCGUGUCCAGCAGCAGUACACUGCCUACUUAUCCAUCCUCAACAGGAACUUCUCUACUGAUCUGUCCUCUCACAACAGUCCCGUUUUCAAGAAAGAAGCCAAGGGCGUCGAGAGGAUGGUAGAGAAUAUUAUGAAAGGUUCGAGUCUUUCUCGAUACUUCAACUGCACCACUGUGUUUGCCUUUGGGGAAGGAAGUGUUGUGGCUCACUUCUGGAUAAUGCUGAACAUACCCAGCAGCCAUGCUGAUGGAGUCACGCUGGAGAAGGUCAGCAGGAGCCUGGUGGAGGGCCUGAAGGGGUACAGCAGGUCAAAGGUGGAAGAGACAGCCAGCUUUGAUGGAUACCUGUUCCAUCUCCCUACACUAUCUGUCAGUGAAACUGACCCCAAAGUUGUAAAACUUUUGAAAGCCUCAUUUGACUGCUACCGCUAUCAAAAGGUGGUGUCCAGCAGCCCCGUUCUGCUCCGUGGCCCUAACACACAGCGUUCCUCCUGUCUGUGGCACCUCCAGACCACCCCAGGCUCCCAGCUUGAGCUCCAUAUGGAGUGGCUGCUUCCCGAGUGCAGUGACAGACUGCUGGUGUACAACUCGCUCACCCCUGCUGAUAAUCAUCUCAUCACAUCUGUGUAUGGCUGCAGCAGACAUGAGCACGUGGUCCGUGUCCUGUCAUCAGGAGAGUGGAUGACGGUGGUUUGGAAACAGGGUCUAUACAAUUACAAGGAAUCCUUUUCUUUGUCUGUGCAGGCUUGGGAACACCACGACUGUAAUUCCACUAUACAGCUGGAGGCAGUAUCAGGGGUCCAAGGGACACUAAAGACACCUUUCUUUCCCAGCUACUACCCUCCUGACACCAACUGUACCUGGAGCUUUACUAUGCCCAGUGCAGGGAUGGGCUUGUGUUUGACAUUUGAGGGCUAUGAGCUAAGCAGAGCCAGCUACAACCAGGCCUGUACCCAGGGACAGUGGGUCAUCCAGAAUCGCAGACUGUGUGGCACCAGAGCUCUGCAGCCCUACAGCGAACGUCUCUUCCUGCUCUCUAUGACAACCACUAUCUUCAUGACAUCUGAGGUGUCACUCACAGGGCCGGGCCUUCAGCUGCAAUACAGCGUCUUCAACCUGUCAGAUCCUUGCCCAGGACAGUUCCUGUGCACUGUGAAUGGUCUCUGCGUGCCCAUCUGUGAUGGAAUCAAGGACUGUCCCAAUGGCCUGGAUGAGAGAAACUGUGUAUGUGUGGCACAAUACAAAUGUCCAGAGGACAGUCAGUGUGUGGACUACUACAAAGUGUGUGACCAACACCCAGACUGCCCUGAAGCUACCGAUGAGAUGAACUGCACUGAAGGCGUGCAGUGUACAGAUAUGACCUAUGUGUGUGCCGACGGAACGUGUCUGAAGAAACCAAAUCCUGAGUGUGACUUUGUCACUGACUGCCCUGACGCCUCCGAUGAGAAACAUUGUGAGUGCGGCCUGAGGCAGUUCUCCAGCCGCAUUGUUGGGGGAACGGACGCCUCAGAGGGGGAGUGGCCAUGGCAGGCCAGCCUGCAGGUGCGGGGUAACCACAUCUGUGGUGGCGCUUUAAUCGCCAGUCAGUGGGUGUUGUCGGCUGCCCACUGUUUCUAUGACGACCGUCUCUACUCCCCCUCAGUGUGGACAGUCUACCUUGGCAAACUUCUGCUCAACCGCAGCAGCCCUACAGAGGAGGUGGCACGGGUUCAACGCAUCCAUCUUCAUCAUUACUAUGACGAUGAGUCCCACGACUACGACCUGGCCCUGCUCAAGCUGGACCGGCCCGCCGCUGCGCUGCUGGCUGGGCAUGCUCGACCCACCUGCUUGCCCCCACCAACGCACCAGCUGGAGCCAGGCCUGCUCUGCUGGGUCACUGGGUGGGGGGCACUCCGUGAGGGGGGCACAGCCAGUAAUGUGCUUCAGAAAGUUGAUGUGCGCCUGGUUAGCGAGGAAUCCUGCAUCCGUUCCUACGGACACCUGGUUACUCCCAGAAUGCUUUGUGCCGGUUACCGCAAUGGAGGGAAAGAUGCAUGUCAGGGAGACUCGGGCGGUCCCUUGGUGUGUCAGGAGCCUUCAGGUCGCUGGUUCCUGGCCGGGGUGGUGAGCUGGGGUAGAGGCUGCGGGCGUCCAGACUACUACGGUGUCUACACUCGCAUCACCAGGCUCACCAACUGGAUAAAGCAGGUCAUCAGCAGCUCCUGAGUCACUGAUGUCAUACUUGCACCAGAACACCAAGUCGGGAGAGAGUUAAAAAAUGCCUUAAGGUGUUCACAGAUGACCUGAGACUGGUUCUUAUCCAAACAACUGUGAAAUGUUAAAGGCUUUUUUCCAAAGUACCAAAAGUAAUAAUAUACUGAAAUGAUACACCUCUAAUAAAUGAUAGUAAAAAACGCUUUAAAAUUGUACCCAGCGAACUUGAUAAAAUCAUUUACAAGCUGAAUCUUCCUCUUUUGAAAGAUAAUAAACUUCACACAUAGUCUCAUA